CUGGCAAAGUUACGCGUUUAUAGUUACCAAAAUGGCGGUGUUAUGGUAGACUCGGAGACAGAAGGGCUGAAAUGUUUAGUGUAUCAGAGCACGAUAUACCUGCCUGACUUUUCCGUAUUGCUUCGAGAAACCUACUAAGCAUCAUUUAGAAGAUGGCUGCUAACUUGAAAGGAAACUUGGGCCUGAAAAGUGGUCCACUGGCCCCAACAUCUGCAAAGCUGACCACUCAAUAUCUGGUACUGGAUCAUAUGAACAAUCAUUUCAACAAAAUUGCCAAAGCUAAAUCUGCAAUUGAUUCAAGGCCACCCAAAAGUUUAACAUCAAGUCAAAAGAUGAGAGACCGGAAGAAUCGCUCUCGUCUCUUGUCAAGCCCAAGAACAAGACCUACUUCUGCCAUGAUGUACACUGACAUGCAACAUUAUGAGGACGUUCUCAAUGAUGAACCAGAGGAUGAGGAAGAAAGAUUGGUUCACUCCAUCAUGAAAUCAACACUGGUUGACAAACCCAAGGGCAGCAAUAAUGCGACCUAUGGCUCCGAGUCAGCCACAGAUUUCCAAGAGCAGACCACUUAUGCAUCACAUAAUGGCCGUGGUCUGAUGACACACCCUCAGUACACACACACACUAGGGGCAAGUACACGUCCCAUGUCGGCGCGUUCCGCACGCUCUGUGGGCUCAGCCACCAGCUCCAUGCGUGUGCCAGUCGGUACGCAUGACCAGACCAGGAUUACGUAUAAUGGAGAUAUACUGGAGAAGAGAGCACACAAAUUUACUGAGCCCGAUCGUCCGUUUACACCUCGGACAAACAUUAGCAAUCAUGAAUCGAGACUUAAGUCGUCAAAGUGCUACAACCCCCCAAAACCAAAACCUGCUGGGAAGAAAGUGAAUGGGGCUGAUGGCGUUAAGGAAAGGAGCAGAGGUCCUGCGAAGAACGAGGCAGGUAUGGGGAGGUCAAAUCAAGAGCUCAGAGAUACCAUGGAGACAUCCCAGCUUUCAGAGUCAAUGUUAAUGGACAUAACGCUGAGAAGCCGAGAUGACCGACACGAACAGGCCUCCGAUGGUCAGGUUCCCAGACUGGACAUCUCUAUGGACAAAGAUCACCUCAACUGGCUCCAGGAGCAGGCAAGCAAGGCUAAAGUUCGAGCCCGCAGUGGUGCCCAGAUUCCCCAGUCGCAUCUUGUGGGUGACAUAUCCACCAUUAAGGAGGAGCCUUCUGACCGGAGUGGAAGCAAUUCUGUCCGGAAGGAAACGUUGAAAAAUCCUUGUUUUCCGAGUAUACCUCAAUGGCUCAGCCUCAAGCUGCAAGAAGAAGAAGAGGAGCAGAAAUAUCUGGCUUUUGCUAAGGAAGUCACAGAUGACGUCCUGACAAGAGGCAUCAGCACGGACCGAGUUUUGAAUCGUGUGUUUGAAAACCACAUUGCAAGGAGGAAACAUGAUCUGGAUGAGACUCGCAUGCGAAGCGUUAUUCGAGACUUGAAGAAAGACCUUGGCUUGAGAGAUGGCAGUCAAGAGAGACGACUCGAUGAGACUCUGGCUGACAUCAACUACAACAACAAGGCCAGGAGCAUGAAUGGCUUGAGUCACACAAGUAGCAGUGAUCAUCAGCCAGGCAGUGAGAAGUCUACCAUGAAGGACGAGACCCGCUCCUUCUCCCAAACAAACGGCUACACUAUGACCAGUUUGGAGCCACUUAACAACAACACCACUUCCGAAGCAGAAAUGAGCACAACACUGGAUUCGACAUCUACUAUGAAGUUUGGCCGCACCGCUGAUGUUUUCAGCACGAUAAAUUCUGAAGCGACACUGGAGGAGAGAGAGGCACGGGAGGGGGAUGAGUUAAGUGCUACUCAAGCUCUGAAGCAGUAUCAGUUUAACCUGACUGUCAAGGAGGCUGGAGCAGACUGCAGUGAAAGUGCAGUGGAAUCUGCAACUAAUGGUCGGGAGACGGAUGUCUCUGAAAAAUCUCAGAAGUUAGAACGUCCUGCCACAGGGGAGAGAAGGUUGUCUGAAGGGGAAGAAUCUCCGUCCGAUGCAUCAAGCUUUACCCCGUCGCCAGCUGAUCAUGCUCACCGAGCAAGGCGAAGGGAGAGAAUGAAGAAGUCGAAGGGAACAGCAGAGCUCGGAGAACAGCCUAUGAGCUCAAACUCAAGAUCUUCAUCGGGGACAGUUUCCAAUAAUGUCAGAACAACCACUGACGAUGUCUACAGCAGCGAAAUGUCGGGACAAACAUCUGGCCUCAGUGGUACACAUACGACCCUGACAACAACUUCUGACCAUAAUGGAAGUACCUUGACCCACUCAGAAGAGGUCAACGGCAUUUCAGGAGGCAGUGGUGGGUCUCUGAGACCGACCGCGAGGCGUAGAGGUGGCUCUCGAAGUCAGGUGAUAGCAGAAGACCCUGAGUCCUCUUCCGGGAUGGGAGAGGAAGAGAGAGGGAAAGACAGUCUGUCUCGUGACAACAGAGCCACUGACAUGUUUGAUCAGGGAAGUUCUGUUGGAGGAGAAGCUUCUGGUGCUGAUGAUACUGAGACACGUGGUAAAUCUGAGAAUGGUGCAGUUGAAAGACAUGAUGGGUCUAGUACAAGAGAGGAAAAAGAGAAGGAAGAGGAAGAAGAUUAUGAUUAUGAAGAUGACUAUGAUGCAGAUGAGGAUGAUGGGCAAGGUGUGUCUACUCACCGUACCUCUGACGAUGACUUCUGAGUUUAUUUUAAGAAGAAGUUUGUAUAUAUAUAACAGUAUUGCACUGUACUCCUCUUGAUCCAUCUAAAAAUGUAACAUUGUUCACAAAUCCAUCCAAUUUGUCUCACAGUAUUUGAGUUGCACAUUUCUGUCUCACAACUGAUCAUAUAAGCUCAAAUGUGAUCAUUCAAUGUAAAAUGCUUUUUUUCUGUCCUUGUAUUCUUUUUAGUAGUAGUGGUAGUGUGUAGGUCAAAGUUUAAUCAUGCAUAUAUUUAGAUACAUAUUUUUAUACACAAAUGUAAAGGUUCAGUUAUGGCUUAGACUCGGUGUGUAUUGAAUUGAGUUGAUUCAAAUCCUUUUUAUUCAUUUUUCUUCACGUCUAUUCUGGUGUUUUUGUGCCUUCAAACUGCUCUUUGUGGACAAGAUUAAUUCACUUACAUUCUAUUGUUUAUGUUUGCAUGUAUAUACAUGUAUAUGUAGCGGGGUAUGUAUUCAAUUCAGAACCACUUUCUGCACCACUUUCUGCAAAACCCUCUGCUAGAAUCAAGACCAAGAUUUUUCUUUUGGAAAAAAAGAACCUCAGCAUUAGUAAUGCAGGGGUUCGCACGUUUGUGUCUCAGCAAUAAGAAUUACAUACACACAUUUUGUCUGGAACUGGCAACAUAUGUUGUAAGUGUAAUGAAUCCACUGUGCCAGGAUCAGUGCUUAUGACAAGUGUUGUGAUUUCAAACUUGUGUAUUUCACACCCAGCCAUAAGGUAGACAAGGAAUCUAGACACUGUCUGACUAUAAAAAUACACAUAUCAAUGGUAAAGUAUUUUUCCUUGUUUGUAUAUUUUUUUGCUGCGAUCCGGAUUUAGAAAGUCCUCUUUUUUUUCAAAAUCACUGUAGAAUGUAAUUUUUUAAAUUGUUCUCUCAGUUUUCUGUGUUGUGCACUCACUGAUUUGCUGCUGAGAAAGAUUUGAGUGCUGUGACAAUGAACCUGUCUCAGUCUUAUAAGUUAUCGACAGGAUGGUUUACCAGUGUUAGUGUUGGUUUGAGUGAGAGUUUAACAGCACUCACAACACAAAUAGGUCAUAAAAGUGCUGAAGAUUAGAGGUGUAACUUGAGAGUAACAUGCAAAGAAAAGAUGGAGGAGAGAUAAGGACAAUAGACGAUUGAUAGGAAAAAAGGAAUGAACUACGCCAGAGCACCCGCCAACCACUCAUAUGGUUGAGCAUAAGGAUCACUGGACAUAUUAACCCUAUCCGCACCCCUGAGGUCAGGUUGUACCCCAGGGGUUGGGGUUUUUUUUUCGCAUUUUAAAAUACUU